ACUUUGCAGAGGUGACCUGCUGUCACUUUGUGUCUAACAGUCAUGGGCUCCAUGGGUUUGAAUGCAUUGAGGACGAUUAUGAAAGGGUUAAGUGAAGGCCCCGGCUUUGACAGAGUGCUGAAUAAGCUGCAACUUAUAUCUGCAAGUCCUGGAAAGCUGGUUUGUGAAAUGAAAGUUGACGAGGAUCACACAAACCGUGGUGGUACAUUACAUGGAGGCCUAACUGCUACCUUGGUUGAUGUAGUUUCCACAGUUGCCCUGUUAAACACAGACAGAGGAGCUCCAGGUGUUAGUGUGGACAUGAAUAUUACGUAUAUGAAUGCUGCUAAAAUUGGGGAAUCGGUACUCAUCACCGCACAGAUUCUGAAGCAAGGAAGAAGCUUGGCCUUUGCAACUGUAGAUUUAGUAAAUAAAGAAACUGGAAAAAUAAUAGCACAAGGAAGACAUACAAAACAUCUAGGGCAAUAGAAGUUUAAUGGAGUAAUAUGUUUGUGCUUUGAUGGAAGAUUUUGUAACCUUUCUAAGUUAGGGGA